CUUGGAUCAUAGUGAUGACGUUGUUAUCGCCACGAUGCUUCCGCGUAGGUGUUCCUCUGUGAGUGGAAGUAAAGUUCAAUACAAGCCAACUGCAUUAUGGAAUAUUGAAGCUAUGAAUUUCGGCAGCAUCAAAACAAUCGACUUGUAUUGCCGUGUCUAGACCUCGCUAUCUGGAACGGAACACAAUAAGAAGCAAGCUAGCUAGUCGAGCCAGUUCGACACUUGAACUGAGUCAGUCACUGUAGUAAGUGGUGUAAGUUAUUGUACACUGCGCUGAGUAAUGGAGAAUGGAUUUCCUAUGUGAAUUGAUUCUAGGAUUGGUUGCAUUGGCAGCGGCAGGCUUGAUAGCGGUUCUCCUUAUAGCCCACUUCACCGCCGGCAUGGUGGAUUUGACUCGCCAUGAGAAGGAGAAGUACUUUCUGACCUCCACAGGAGAGAAGAAGCCCUUUCCAAGCCUUCACGACCCCCAUUCCUGCGAGCUGUCGGUGGUGGUCCCGUCCUACAACGAGGAGCUCAGAUUGCCUGUGAUGAUGGAGGAAGCCAUGGAAUACUUGGAGAACAGACAGAAACAGCACCCGGCGUUUACCUAUGAAGUCAUUGUGGUUGACGAUGGCAGCAAGGACAAAACCACAGAGGUUGCCUUGAAGUACAGUAAGCAGUAUGGAUGUGACAAGGUGCGGGUUCUGACGCAGCAGAAGAACAGGGGGAAGGGAGGUGCUGUGAGGAUGGGCACUCUGAGCUCCAGGGGGAAGCUCAUUCUGAUGGCUGAUGCUGAUGGAGCCACCAAGUUUCCAGACCUUGACAAGGUGGAGGCCGGCCUUCAUGACAUCAAAAAUAAACCGAACAACAUGGCCAUUUCAUGUGGAUCCAGAGCUCACCUGGAACAUGACUCCGUUGCUCAGCGGUCCAUGUUCCGUACGUUCCUGAUGUACGGCUUCCACUUCCUGGUGUGGUUCUUCUGCGUGCGGGGGAUCAAGGACACCCAGUGUGGCUUCAAGCUGUUCACUCGGGAGGCUGCCCUCAAGACCUUCUCCUCCAUGCACGUGGAGCGCUGGGCAUUCGACGUGGAGCUGCUGUACAUAGCCCAGUGCUUCCAGAUCCCCAUAGCAGAGGUGGCCGUCAACUGGACCGAGAUCGAAGGGUCUAAGCUGGUCCCAGUGUGGAGCUGGCUGCAGAUGGGACGGGACCUGGUGUCCAUCCGUCUACGCUACAUCACCGGUGCCUGGAAGCUCGAGUCCCCACGCAAGACCGACUAGCCAAUCCGCCGGGCCCUACCCGCACAGGGGGAAAAGGCCACUGGGCCACGGAUUGGUUGGGGCUCACGAAUAAUAAAUAAACUGUUGGUGGUGUUUGAGAUUGGCAUCGGUGCAGAUGGGCUGUGCCGAGUAUGUAGCUGCGUACUGUAAGAACGUUUUGGAUAUCACCCACAAUCCCUUCAAGCGCUGUGGAGGUGUAGAAAGAUGCUCGGCCUGUGUUACAGACAGUCUCAAACACGACCAUAAACUUGGCGGGAAUCGUCAGAAAGCUCCUCAUGUUCUUGUUGAGGAGCUGGCUGAUUGUCAAGGGACAUAAAAAGAUGGAUCUGUCAGAGGUGCAGCACUUGGCUGCGGCGCCUCAUUCUAGCUUCGCUCGGCUUCUCAGCGCGAGCAUUGACGCGAGACAGGACCGUUUGUGAAGUCUCUGAUAGGUCUUUGUUUCUGUGUUCCUUGCCGGCAGAGUACACAGGGCCCCCGCUCCCAUCCAAACUGUUUAUUGUGAUUGCCGCCCUCUCUUGUUCGGUUAAUGCACUGUACGAUCAAUCCGCCAUGCACCGUGUUACGUACUGUUUUCUACUGUGUCAAAUCGUUUGAGCUGAGAGGGUUUUUGGCUCGUCAAAUGUCAAGCGAUGUAGUGAAUAUUGAAGGUAUCAUAAAUGUUCGAUUUCUGUUUUGUUUUUUACUGUGGUUCGUGGGCAGGUGAAUUUUCUGGUGGUCUGUAACUGUUUGAGAUUGUGGGUUAUAGGCCUAUGCUAUGGGAGGGAAGACUCCAAACAAAUAAAGUAAAAAAUGGUAAUGAU